CUCGCCCGUGUUGUGUGUGUGAGUGAGUGAGUGAGCGAGUGAGUGAGUGAGUGAGUGUGUGUGUGGGGGGACUCGGCUUGUUGUUGUCGGUGACUUCCCCCUCCCCUCCACCCCUCCCCCUCCCCCGCCGCAGCUGCAGUGGCCGCUCCCUGGGCCAUAGGAAAUGAGCGAUAACGAUGACAUCGAGGUGGAGAGCGACGAAGAGCAACCGAGGUUUCAAUCUGCGGUGGGGACUGGGGUUUGAACCUGCAUCAUUGCUCAUGGCAGUGUGUGCAUUCAACCAGGCUGACAAACGGGCUCAUCAUAAUGCACUGGAACGAAAACGUAGGGACCACAUCAAAGACAGCUUUCACAGUUUGCGGGACUCGGUCCCAUCACUCCAAGGAGAAAAGGCAUCCCGGGCCCAAAUCCUAGACAAAGCCACAGAAUAUAUCCAGUAUAUGCGAAGGAAAAACCACACACACCAGCAAGAUAUUGACGACCUCAAGCGGCAGAAUGCUCUUCUAGAGCAGCAAGUCCGUGCACUGGAGAAGGCGAGGUCAAGUGCCCAACUGCAGACCAACUACCCCUCCUCAGACAACAGCCUCUACACCAACGCCAAGGGCAGCACCAUCUCUGCCUUCGAUGGAGGCUCAGACUCCAGCUCAGAGUCAGAGCCUGAAGAGCCCCAAAGCAGGAAGAAGCUCCGGAUGGAGGCCAGCUAAGCUGUGGGGCAGGCCAGCAAUAAAAACUGUCUGUUUCCUCCGUCGUCUCAUCCUCCUUUCAGUUCAUCCUUAGAACCCUCAAACCUAUAUAAGAGACUCUCUAUUUGUUUUUUGGUUUUUUUUUUUUCCCCUCUCUCUUUUUAAUUUUAUUUUUACAUAGAAGCUCUUGGACAACAGCUCUCGUUCUCCUUCCCAUGGUUCACUUUUUUUUUUUUUUUUUUUUUUUAAUUUCCCUUCAGGGAUUCCCUGUCCCCACCAGGAAUUUUUAAACCAAAACACCCCAACUUGGCAGCUUUUUUCUGUGGAGGACAGACAGCCGGCCGGACCUCUGAGCACAUGGUGUCCUGACCACCCACCAGCUCCUCCUGCCCUGCCGGGCACAGGACCGGAGGACUCCUGCCCCUCUCAGGCCUCUCCUCUUGGGCCACCCUCACCUCUGUUUGAUAGACUUUGUGAAUCUGGACAGCUCUACUUGAAGAAGACAACCAGUUUGGAGUGAUCAGAAUAGCCCCCUUCUUCAGGAUUUUUUCCUUCUGAAAAGCUGUUUAUCGCUCCUUGAAAGACCAGAUCCUUGAAGAACAUUAUUGUGUAAAAGGAAGUGGGGACAGAUUUGCAGCACAGAGGCUUUGGCCUGUUUCACUCCUGCUUCUUCAGCCAGGCUUAGGGAGGGCCUCAUGAUGCUCAUGUGGUUUGCGAUGGGUACAGAAGGCAGCAGUGAAGCCGUAGCCACCAGAGGGUGGAAGAGGUUGGGUCAGGGCGGGAGGAUUGGGUGGGGUAGAAGUUUUAUAUUGAGGGCCAGUGAUGAUGUUUUGAUAUUUAUUUCCUGCUACUGAAAUUCGAAUCCGAGUGAAUUGUCCCUAUCUCUGAUGAUGUCGGUUAUUGCAAAGCGACAGAUUCAUAAAGUAAUGAUCAAAUCUUUCUUUCCGUGUGUAUUUCUAAGAAAUAGAGCCAACUGAUCUUGUAUGUAAAUACCAAGAGCGAUUUACCUGGUACUAAACCCGCACUUCAGUGCGGACCCUUCCUUGCCCUCAUCCCACUCCCUUUCUGACUGCCCUGGAACCUGUCCCUGUUAUAUGAUCCAGCCCUGGUUCUGGCUGUGGUCGGCAGAUCCCAGUGAAGGGUUUUGUGUGUUUAGGCCUCAUUUCUUUGUCUUUUUCCUACUCUGUUCUGGCAUUUGCUGAUUUCUAGUGUAUACUCUGUAGUCUCAGUCCGUGUUUGAUUCCAUUCCAUGGAAAUAAAAAGUAUGUUGUACAUACUGCCGAAGAAUUGUCUUGCAAGUUAAGGCUUCCCCCUUUACUAUAAGACUAUAAAUAAAAACUUAUUUUAUCCUU